CCCAAAUUCAUCUUUGUAGUCGUCCUUUUCGUCUUCCCUUUGCUCUGGUCUCCUCGACGCAUCUCCGCCUUGCUCCGCGCUUCCUUCCACCAGAUCGGCCCGACAAUAACCGAUUCCGAAGCUUUGCGACCAUGGAAUUCUGUCCCGAGCACUGAUCCGUUCCGCGUCGUUUACUUACCGGGCGGUCCUGUCCGCCCCUGUCGCAUCCCGGCGCGUCUCCAAAAAGAUGGGAUCUUUGGUCCCUGGAGUCGGGUCGGGGGCCUACGACGAGGGAUUCUUUGUCUGUCAGUCUCAAUGAAGCUUAGGUAUCAAGAACUCUAGCUUAAGAAUUCUUUCUUCGGUCCUGGGGCUCCUUUCGUGCGAUGGCAUCGUCGCCAGUGAAGUUCUUCAGCGCUCUUCUGGUCGUUUCUUCGGUUGGAUGGGUCAUUUUUGUAUUUGCUUCCAGAUUGCUGGCUUGGUUUUUGAGUCGGAUUUUGAAGGCAUCUGUUGGCUUACGGGUUGCUGGGUGCAAUUGUCUAAGGGAUGUUACCAUGAAAUUCCAAAAGGGUUCCAUUGAAUCAUUAUCUAUUGGAGAAAUUAAACUCAGUUUUCGCAAAUCACUUGUCAAGCUGGGAUUUGGUUUUAUCUCUAGGGAUCCCAAACUUCAAUUGUUGAUAUCUGAUAUUGAAGUUGUAAUAAGACCUUCACUGCAAAGCAAAAAGGUAAAUAAUGCUAGCAGGGUGGAGAAACCUCGAUCUGCUGGAAGAGGGAAGUGGAUGUUGCUAAGUAGCAUUGCUAGAUUUCUUUCGGUUUCAGUGACAGAUUUCAUUGUGAAGGUGCCAAAAGCAAUCAUUGAAGUCAAAGAACUUAAGUUGGACAUUUCUAGAGAAGAACCAAAUCAGAUUCUUCGUGUGAAAUUGCACCUUGUACCAUUUAUGAUUCAUUUAGGUGAUCCAUUUCUCAGUGUUGAUAAUACUUUAACUUCUAAUCAAAAGGAAUGUUUGCAAGAUGAACAAUCAUUUUCUUCUGUUAUGGAGAAGAACUCUUUUGUAUGUGAGGACUUGUCAGUGGCUUGUGAUUUUGGUCACGACAGGGAGAAAGGUAUCAAAGUCAGCGAUCUGGACAUGGUAUGUGGAGAUGUUUCAGUUAAUGUUAAUGAAGAUCUCUUUAAAAGGAAAGAUAAAAAUCUGGAACUGCCAUAUGACACUGCAACUGAGGGUGCUACAUCAGCUAUGAUUUCCGAAAUAUCUGAAAAACACAAGUCCACCCCUUCCACAAAGAGGCAUAUUUUUGCUUUUCCUGAAAAGGUUAGCUUCAGUAUGCCAAAACUUGAUGUGAAGUUUAUGCACAGAGGAAAAGAUAUCAUGAUUGAGAAUAAUGUAAGGGGCAUACAUCUGAGCAGCAGUAAAUCACAGCUACAUGAGGAAUCAGGGGAGACUACAUCACAUUUUGAUGUUCAAGUGGUUUUCAGCGAAAUUCAUUUAUUAAAUGAAGGGACUAGUUCAAUCAUGGAGAUUAUGAAAGUUGCUAUUGUCACAUCUUUGGAUGUUCCGGAUGAACGGCUUCUACCUAUCAGAGUUGAGAUUGAUGUGAAACUUGGUGGUACCCAGUGCAAUCUCAUUAUUAGCAGAUUAAAACCAUGGUUGCAACUCCUAAUGUCCAAAAAGAAAAGUUUUAGCCUUGGGAAGGAUAAUUCUCGACAUGAAAACUCUCAAACAAAUCAUGUUAAAUCAAUCAUGUGGACAUGUACUGUUUCAGCCCCAGAGAUGACUAUUGCCCUUUAUAGUGUUACAGGACUGCCGCUAUAUCAUGGUUGUUCACAGUCUUCACAUUUAUUUGCGAACAACAUAGCAUGUAAGGGGAUACAAGUCCACAUGGAACUCGGUGAGCUACAAUUGCACAUGGAAGAUGAAUACCAGGAGUGUUUGAAGGAGAACUUGUUUGGAGUAGAAACUAAUUCAGGUUCUUUAAUGCACAUUGCACGACUAAGUCUAGAUUGGGGUCAAAAGGAAAUUGAAUCCAAAGAACAACAAGGUCUAACUAGGUGGAUGUUGGUAUUUUCAGCUGAUAUAAGUGGUAUGGGAAUAAACUUUGGCUUUCAGCAUAUUGAGUCUCUUGUAUACAACUUAAUGUCAUAUAGAACACUGAUCAAAACCUUAUCAUCUUCUAAUAAAAGGGCUACAGACUUUAAGGUUGCAUACUCUAGCAAAAAGUCAGCAAAAGGAACACGAAUAAUGAAACUGAAUCUUGAAAAAUGCUCAAUAUGCUAUCAUGGUGAAAUGGCUAUUGAAGAUGCUGUUGUAGCAGAUCCAAAACGUGUGAAUUUUGGUUCACAUGGCGGCCAUGUAGUAAUUAGUACAUCAGAAGGUGGGAUGCCACGUGUAGCAAAUAUUAUUUCAACAUUCCCAAAUAACAGUAAGAUCCUCAAAUUCUCAACAUCUCUUGAUAUCUUGCAGUUUAGUUUAUGUGUAAACAAAGAAAAGGAAUCAACACAGAUGGAAUUAGAGAGAGCUAGAUCUUUUUAUAUGGAAUUUACUGAAGGCCAUAAACCUGGUAGUAAAGUGACUUUGUUUGAUAUGCAAAAUGCAAAGUUUGUGCGUCGUUCUGGUGGUCUUACUGAUGUUUCUGUUUGCUCCCUAUUUAGUGCAACUGAUAUUACUACUAGAUGGGAACCUGAUGCUCAUUUGGCAGUAUACGAAAUUUUUGCUCGCGUUAAGCUUUUAUUAAAUAAUAGCAAGAUCCAACACUCUGACAAUGAGGUAAAGGUGUUGGCUGAUAGAGUGAAAGAAUUGGAAUUUGAAAAGGUUUCUAUGAAAGAUAAAAUUCGAGCUGAAAAGCUACUUGGUAAACAAGAGUCAAUUUUUGCUGUUGAUGUGGAGAUGUUAAGAGUAUCUGCUGAAGUUGCAGAUGGUGUGGAAACAGAAAUUCAGGUACAGUCUAUCUUUUCAGAGAAUGCUAGGAUAGGUGUAUUACUUGAAGGCUUUAUGCUUAGUUUCAAUGGCGCCAGGGUGUUGAAAAGCAGCCGAAUGCAGAUUUCAUGUAUUCCAGUUCCACCAGGUAACACACAUGAUGCUAAGGCACAAUAUAGUGUGACAAGGGAUUGGGUCAUUCAAGGACUAGAUGUGCAUAUUUGUAUGCCCUACCGGCUACAGUUACGUGCUAUAGAGGAUUCUAUUGAGGAUAUGUUUCGGGGUUUGAAGCUUAUUAGUACAGCUAAAACAAGUAAGAUUUUUCCUACUAAGAAGGAUAGUUCAAAGACUACAAAAUUCAAAUCAACAAAAUUUGGUUCUGUUCGAUUUGUCAUACGGAAAUUCUCAGCAGAAAUUGAAGAAGAACCAAUUCAGGGCUGGCUUGAUGAGCAUUACUUCUUGUUGAGAAAUGAAGUGUGCGAGGAAGCUGUGCGCAUGAAGUUUCUUGAUGAGAUUCUGUCUUCUUGCAACAGGGUUAUGGGGAAUGGGGACAAAAGUGAUUUCAAAUUCCAAAAAGCUAUCCAUAAUGGAAUUGAGUUUGAUUUGAAUGAUUUUUCAGCUAUUAAGAGGUUGAAGGAUGACAUACACAGGCAAACAUUCAAAUCUUACUACCAGGCAUGUCAGAAGAUUGUCCAUGCAGAAGGAUCUGGUGCAUGCUCAAGAGAUUUACAAUCUGGUUUCCAAAUGAGUAGUCGUAGAUCUUCACUUCUAUCACUUUGUGCUACUGAGUUGGAUGUAACUUUGACCAGAAUUGAAGGAGGUGAUGCUGGAAUGGUUGAGUUCAUAAAAGAUAUUGAUCCAGUCUGCUUGUCUAAUGAUAUACCAUUCUCCAGGCUCUAUGGAAGAGAUAUUGAUGUACAUGCUGGUACUUUGAUUGCUCAGCUUAGAGACUAUACAUAUCCUCUAUUUUCUGGAAGUUUGGGCAAAUGUAAGGGGCGUGUUGUGCUUGCUCAACAGGCAACUUGUUUCCAACCCCAAAGACAUCAAGAUGUAUUCAUUGGGAGAUGGAGAAGAGUGCGCAUGCUCCGCUCAGCUAGUGGAACAACUCCACCAAUGAAAAUGUACUCUAACUUGCCUAUAUACUUUCAGAAAGGUGAAGUAUCUUUUGGAGUGGGAUAUGAGCCAGUAUUUGCUGAUAUAAGCUAUGCAUUUACAGUAGCUCUAAGGAGGGCUAAUCUAAGCACCAGAAGCCAGAAUUCUCAUUUAAAUUAUCAUAAUUCCUCAAAUGAUUCAACUGCUACAAAUUUAGUUCUAGAGAGUCAACUGCCUAAAAAGGAACGUAGUUUACCAUGGUGGGAUGAUAUGAGAUACUAUAUCCAUGGAAAGAUUGUGUUGUAUUUUAACAAGACUUGCAAGUCUGGAACUCCCCUGAAUCAUUAUUUACAUGCACUACCUAAGGAGAUGAACCCACGUGAAAAAGUAUUUGAUCCAUUCCGGUCAACUUCUCUUUCGUUAAGAUGGAAUUUCUCUCUAAGACCUUUGCUGCAGGAUGGAAAUCCUGGAGACAACAUGAUGCUAGAUCAGGCCAUCUAUGAGACUUCACAACAGUUGGAGAACAUUGACUCCCCGCUUAUGAAUCUAGGAGCCCAUGACUUAGCAUGGGUAUUUAAAUGGUGGAGCCUAAAUUAUAACCCCCCAUAUAAGCUACGUUCUUUCUCCAGAUGGCCUCGAUUUGGAAUCCCAAGAGCUUCCAGAUCUGGUAACUUGUCUCUAGACAAGGUUAUGACCGAAUUAUGUCUUCGUCUUGAUUCCACACCUUCUUGCAUCAAGCAUAUGCCUUUAGGCGAUGAUGAUCCUGCAAUUGGUUUAACUUUUAAAAUGUCAAAAUUGAAAUACGAAUUAUGCUACAGUCGUGGAAAGCAGCUAUACACCUUUGAAUGCAAGCGUGAUCCUCUUGAUCUUGUCUACCGAGGACUUGACCUUCACAUGCUGAAAGCCUACUUAGAUAGAGAUUGUAGUUCAUCUGCAGUUCAUGAGAUUCAAGCAACUAAGAGAGCUUCAAUGACAGGUAAAGUCAAUGAUAAAUGCAGCCAGCCACAUAAUUUUACGGAAAGAAGUAGGGAUGAUGGUUUUCUUUUGUAUUCUGAUUAUUUCACAAUAAGAAGGCAAGCACCUAAGGCUGAUCCUGAAAGAUUAUUGGCAUGGCAAGAAGCUGGAAGAAAAAAUCUUGAGAUGACCUAUGUUAGGUCGGAGUUCGAAAAUGGUAGUGAGAGUGAUCACACACAAUCAGAUCCAAGUGAUGAUGAUGGGUUUAACGUUGUAAUAGCUGACAAUUGCCAACGGAUAUUUGUAUACGGCCUCAAGCUCCUUUGGACACUUGAAAACCGAGAUGCUGUCUGGUCCUGGGUAGGUGGAAUAUCUAAAGUCUUUGAAGCUCCCAAGCCUUCUCCCUCUCGUCAAUAUGCACAGAGGAAAUUAAUUGAGGAACAACAGAAGAGAGAUGAACCUGAAGAUCCUCGUGGUGACAUCUUAGUCUCCUCUACUUCUGCAAUACAUGCUGGCAGUUCUGCUUCUAAACAAGCUGAAACAUCUGAAUCAAAUUCAUUAGGUUCUUCUUCAGCCAAAGCUGAAUGCAUACAAUCUGAUGUAAAUGUAAAGCCUGGGCAGAUUGAUGAUCCAGAGGAGGAAGGGACACGCCAUUUUAUGGUUAAUGUCAUUCAGCCUCAAUUCAAUCUUCAUUCUGAGGAAGCUAAUGGUAGAUUUCUUCUUGCUGCUGCCAGUGGCCGUGUUUUAGCUCGUUCAUUUCAUUCAGUUCUCCAUGGGUAUGAGAUGAUAAAGCAAGCUCUUGGAACUAGCAAUAUUAAAAUUCCAGAAUUCCAACCUGAAAUGACUUGGAAGCGAGCAGAGCUUUCAGUGAUGCUGGAACAUGUUCAAGCGCAUGUUGCACCUACUGAUGUUGAUCCUGGUGCUGGACUUCAAUGGCUACCGAAGAUUCUCCGAAGCUCACUGAAAGUAAAAAGGACGGGUGCUUUGCUGGAAAGGGUAUUUAUGCCAUGUGAAAUGUACUUCAGGUACACUAGGCAUAAGGGUGGAACUGCAGAUUUGAAAGUGAAGCCUCUAAAAGAGCUAUCCUUUAAUUCUCCUAAUAUCACUGCAACUAUGACAUCACGUCAGUUUCAGGUGAUGCUGGAUGUUCUCAGCAAUCUCCUGUUUGCCAGGCUUCCAAAGCCUCGUAGAAGUAGCCUUUCCUAUCCAUCUGAAGACGAUGAAGAUGUUGAGGAAGAAGCCGACGAGGUAGUUCCUGAUGGUGUUGAAGAGGUUGAAUUGGCAAAAAUUAACCUUGAGAAAACAGAAAGAGAGAGGAAGCUGCUCCUAGAUGACAUUAGGACCUUAUCGGGUGAUUCCCACUCUGAUUUGUGUUCACAAGAAAAGAGUGGUGACUUGUGGAUGAUUACCGGUGGGAAGUCUAUUCUGGUGCAAGGUCUAAACAAAGAUCUGGUAAGUAUUCAGAAGUCCAGGAAAGAGGCAUCUUCUGCAUUGCGGAGGGCUUUGCAAAAAGCUGCACAGCUACGUCUAAUGGAGAAAGAAAAGAACAAAAGUCCAUCUUGUGCUAUGCGGAUUUCCAUGAGAAUCAAUAAAGUCGUUUGGACUAUGCUUGCUGAUGGAAAAUCUUUUGCUGAAGCAGAGAUAAAUGAGAUGAUGUAUGAUUUUGAUCGGGAUUACAAGGACAUUGGUGUUGCUCAAUUUACUACUAAGUCCUUUGUUGUUAGAAAUUGCCUACCUAAUGCAAAGUCAAACAUGCUAUUGUCAGCAUGGAAUGCUCCUCCUGAAUGGGGAAAAAAUGUAAUGCUUCGUGUGGAUGCCAAGCAGGGUGCUCCAAAGGAUGGAAAUGCACCACUUGAACUUUUCCAGGUGGAAAUAUAUCCAUUGAAGAUUUAUUUAACAGAAACAAUGUACAGAAUGAUGUGGGAUUACUUUUUCCCAGAAGAAGAACAAGAUUCACAAAGACGGCAGGAAGUUUGGAAAGUUUCAACCACUGCUGGUUCAAGGCGCCCAAGAAAAAACUUUACUGGUCCUGAAGCAGCAUCAACUAGUCAAUCUACAAGAGAAGCUGAGGUACCAGGUAGACUUAGUGCAACAACUUUAACAUCAGGGAAUACUGGAUCCUCUGUUGCUGGUUCUCAUGCUGAUACUUCUCAGGUAUCUAAGUUGCAGAAUUUGAAAGCAAAUAUGAUCUGUGGUUCAAAUCCAGAGCUUAAACGAACAUCUUCAUUUGAUAAAUCUUGGGAGGAAAACACACUGGAAUCUGGAGCUAAUGAACUUGAAUUCCAAGUUCAAUCACUGAAUAGCUCUUCAAAGAGUGGUCCUAUUAACUCAGUGCCAGAAAGUCAGCAAACAGCUAACGAGGCUUCUAAAAAUAGACCAAAAGACAGUAAGGCUAUUAAGUCUGCCCGUUUGCCUCAUGAAGAAAAGAGGGUUGGAAAAACCCAUGAUGAGAAAAGAGCUAGAGCCCGAAAGAUGAUGGACUUUCAUAAUAUCAAGAUAAGCCAGGUUGAGUUACAAGUUACAUAUGAAGGAUCACGAUUUGCUGUAAAUGAUUUGAGGCUGCUGAUGGACACAUUUCACCGUGUUGAUUUUACUGGCACUUGGAGGAGACUCUUUUCACGAGUUAAGAAACAUAUAAUUUGGGGAGUUUUAAAAUCUGUAACUGGCAUGCAGGGUAAGAAAUUUAAGGAUAAGGCCCAUAGCCAACGAGAAGUGCAUGGCAAUGCUGUUCCUGAUAUUGAGCUUAAUUUCAGUGACAGUGAUGGAGAUCAUACUGGAAAAUCAGAUCAGUUUCCUGCAUCUUUGUUGAAGCGGCCAGCUGAUGAAGGGUUUGUCACUUCCAUCAAAGGUCUUUUCAAUUCCCAAAGACGAAAAGCUAGAGCAUUUGUCCUUAGAAUGAGAGGUGAUGCAGAAAAUGAUUAUCAUGGUGAAUGGAGUGAAAGUGAUCCUGAGUUCUCACCCUUUGCCAGACAACUGACGAUCACAACUAAAAAGCUUCUAAGACGGCAUACAAAAAAGUUUCGCUCAAGAGGGCAGAAGAAUUCAGGAUUAACGCUGCAACGUGAAUCAGUUCCUUCAACCCCAAGAGAAUCUACACCAUUUCAAAGUGAAUCGUCUGGAGAAUCUUCCUAUGAAGACUUGCAUGGGUAGAGUGAACAUCUGCAUGCAUUGUUUUACUUGUUGCUGGUGUUCGCUAAAGCCACAACACUAUCACUGCCAUGAUUGUCAAAUGAUCAAGAUUGUGAGUUAUAAACUUUGGCUGCCAAUUGAAGAUGAUGAAUAAUGAUAAUUUUCGUACAGAAUCAAAAUGUGGCGCUGAGCAGAGAUGAGAUAUUAGCUUUACGGCACUAAUUUCUUUGACAAAAUGUGGCAGCCUUCAACUUGUAUAUAUCUUUGAGAUGCAUUGCUGUGCUUUUAAUAUCCAAUUGUAAUUCCAGGCAAUCCUUGUAUAGAAAGCUAUGUAGAAUCAACGGGUCCCCUUAUUUGUAGACAUUUUCUCGGCAUAUCUUGUGCCUUCAUUGUUUUCCCCCCUCGAACAUUGUACCCCAAAAAAGGCAAAUAAACAAUAUUAAGGUGGUCGGAUAUGCAGUUGAGCCUGUUGAGUUGAGUGGGUGUGUUGCUGAUAUGAAACUGUGAAACUGGAGUCGCUAAUUUUUUUAUAUAUAUAUUCUUGAUGAUUUAUAAGGAAAUAUUUAUUCUUAUGUUUA